UAUGAGUAGGUUUGUCUAUGGUUAUCUAUCAUAGCAAGAGUUUAUUCGAUUCGGAUAUCUAGAUUGUUGCUUGCAUAGUUAACAUAUUAUUCAUCAUACUCUGCCAAACUUGGCAUAAAGCCUAUCUGAAAUAGUCCAGGAAUAGAAAUUAGCUAGGUAGCUGCGUCUCGUCAGCUGACUUUAGCUAGCCUAGCUGCAGUAGCCUAGUUGUUGCCAGCAGCACAGCAGUGUUAUGAUGGCGUCUAGCUACAACGCAAAGGAGGAAGACGGUCUGCAUACAAUCGCAGGACCAGGUGGAGGAACUAUAAAAAAUAAAAAGCCUGAUAACACAGCCUUCAAACAGCAACGGCUGCCCGCAUGGCAACCCAUUUUGACAGCGGGCACGGUUCUUCCUGCCUUUUUUGUUAUCGGGCUUAUCUUCAUCCCCAUUGGCAUUGGCCUCUAUGUAACGUCCAACAACAUCAAGGAGUUCGAGAUUGAUUACACUGGGGUAGACAUGUCCAGUCCUUGCUUUAAUUGCUCCCAAAGUUUCAGCUGGAACAGCUCAAGGCCUUGUACAUGCGUUUUGCCUUUCUCCUUAGAACAACCAUUUGAGAGCAACGUAUUCAUGUAUUACGGCUUGUCAAACUUCUAUCAAAAUCACAGGCGGUAUGUUAAGUCUAGGGAUGACAGUCAACUGAAUGGAGACAGUGGUUCUCUAACGAAACCCAGUAAAGAAUGUGAGCCUUAUGCUUUUAAUGAAAACAAGGCCAUUGCUCCAUGUGGAGCUAUUGCCAACAGCAUGUUCAAUGAUACAUUGGAGCUGUUUUACUUUGACCCUAAUGGAACAAGGGUUCAGAUCCCUUUGAUGAGGAAGGGAAUUGCGUGGUGGACAGACAAGCAUGUGAAAUUCAGGAACCCUGAUGCUAAUAACCCCAACCUGACAGCUGUCUUCCAAGGCACAACCAAGCCAAUCAACUGGCGCAAGCCUGUCUAUGAGCUUGACGAUGACCUGGAAAAUAAUGGCUUCAUUAAUGAGGACUUUAUCGUGUGGAUGCGAACAGCUGCCUUGCCUACCUUUCGCAAGCUGUACCGUAUUAUUCAGAAGAAGAACAACAUGACCCCAACUCUUCCUCGGGGAAACUACACCUUGGAAGUCACCUACAACUACCCUGUCCGUAGCUUCGAGGGGAGGAAGCGUAUGAUCCUGAGCACCAUCUCCUGGAUGGGGGGCAAGAACCCCUUCCUGGGCAUCGCUUACAUCACUGUGGGCUCUGUGUGUUUCUUCCUGGGGGUGGUGCUGCUCAUCAUCCACCACAAAUAUGGGAACCGCAACAACAGCGCUGACAUCCCAAAUUAAGACUGUGUCUGGAUAUGUUGCAUGGACAGAGAUACAGCACACUAGGUUAUUGUCCUUCAUGCCUGGCUUUGGUUUAGAUGAAUGGCUUGCUUUGUCGUUUAUUUGAGAAAAAGACUGAUGCACUGUGCGAAUGUGCAGAGUUUGUGGGACAGCCACAUGUCUGGUUCUUCAAUUUUGAGGUUUGUUCGUAUUGCUGAAUGUCAUGAUUCUUCUUAAGGUCUUUUACUACUGUUAAAAGCUGUUGUCUUGCCAGUACCUUGAAUACAGCUAUGUGUAAAGUAUAUGCAAAUGUUAGUGCCGAUAGUGCAAUUCUAAUCCAGAUAAAAUUGAAACAUUUUGGUUUUUAUAAUUUAUAGAGCAUGGUUUCUUAUUUUGAAACAUUCCUCAUUUUUAAGCAAAUCUGGAAUUGCAAAGUGCAACUGCAUCAAUAGUUACAUUCAUGAUGGUAGUAUUGCAACAUAUGUCAGUAACAAUGUUAAUGUCAGUUUUUAUAGCCUUUAUGGUCUUCAUUUUUCUUUUCAGUUUACAAUGCAGGUGAGUUUUUUGCAACAGAAUGCAAGCUUCGUUUAAAGGUUUUUUGCUAACAAUUUAUUUUUAUUAAGUUUAUGGCACUUAUUUUUUGAGUGGUUAUUUCAGUUGUUGAGAAUGCAGAGGUUCAAAAAAUGUUUAACUGUCUGAUAAAUGUUAUUUAUGUUGGAACCAAAACAUUUGAUGUUUUAAUAAUGUUUUAAAUGAAUGUGCACUUUAUAUAGUUGCCAUGGAUUUUAUUGUGUGUAUUUAAACUUCUCGAAGUAGAUAAACUUGCUGGAUAGUCUGUUAAAUGUGCUUGACAAAUAAAAAUUCAAAUUUAC